GGACCAUAUUUAUACUGUUGAUAUGGACACAUCGCAUACAGAAGAAAUUUAUUUUAGCAAAAAAUUGACGUGGAAAUCUAGACAAGCUGAUGUAGACACAUGCAGAAUGAAGGGAAAACAUAAGGAUGAAUGUCAUAAUUUUAUUAAGGUUCUCCUAAAAAGAAAUGAGGAUACACUGUUUAUUUGUGGAACAAAUGCAUUCAACCCUUCUUGCAGGAACUACAAGAUGGAUACCCUGGACCACCUGGAAGACGAAUUCAGUGGAAUGGCCAGGUGCCCAUAUGAUGCAAAGCAUGCCAACGUUGCAUUGUUUGCAGAAGGAAAGCUGUAUUCUGCCACAGUGACCGACUUCCUUGCAAUAGAUGCAGUCAUAUACCGGAGCCUUGGAGACAGCCCAACUCUGCGGACAGUUAAACAUGACUCCAAGUGGUUGAAAGAACCAUACUUUGUUCAGGCAGUGGACUAUGGCAAUUACAUAUACUUCUUUUUCCGGGAAAUAGCAGUGGAGUACAACAGCAUGGGAAAGGUAGUUUUCCCAAGGGUGGCCCAGGUUUGCAAAAAUGACAUGGGAGGGUCUCAGAGAGUGCUGGAAAAACAGUGGACUUCUUUUCUCAAGGCUCGAUUGAACUGCUCAGUUCCUGGUGAUUCACACUUCUACUUUAACAUACUGCAGGCAGUUACAGAUGUUAUCCAUUUCAAUGGCCGGGAUGUUGUUUUAGCAACAUUCUCCACUCCAUAUAAUAGCAUCCCUGGCUCUGCAGUCUGUGCCUAUGACAUGCUUGACAUUGCCAAUGUAUUUACUGGGAGAUUCAAAGAACAGAAGUCUCCAGACUCCACGUGGACACCAGUUCCUGAUGAAAGAGUGCCCAAACCCAGACCUGGUUGCUGUGCUGGUUCUACAUCGUUAGAAAAAUAUGUAACAUCUAACGAGUUCCCAGAUGAUACUCUGAACUUCAUCAAAACACAUCCACUGAUGGAUGAGGCUGUACCUUCCAUUGUUAAUCGACCCUGGUUCCUGAGAACAAUGGUCAGAUACCGCCUGACCAAAAUUGCCGUGGACUCUGCUGCUGGGCCAUAUCAGAACUACACUGUGGUUUUCUUGGGUUCAGAGAAGGGAAUCAUCCUGAAGUUCUUGGCACGAACAGGAAACAGUGGUUUCCUAAAUGACAGCCUUUUCCUGGAGGAGAUGAACGUUUACAACCCUGAAAAGUGCAGCUACGACGGCAUGGAGGACAAGCGGAUUGUGGGCAUGCAGCUUGACAAGCCCAGCAGUGCUCUGUACAUUGCCUUCUCCACCUGUGUCAUCAAGGUUCCCCUGGGACGUUGUGAGCGUCAUGGCAAAUGCAAAAAGGCCUGCAUAGCAUCCAGAGACCCGUACUGUGGAUGGGUGAAGGAAAGCGGGGUGUGCACACAACUGGUCCUUGGCUCCAAACUGGCAUUUGAACAGGACAUAGAGCAUGGCAAUACAGAUGGCCUGGGUGACUGCCAAAAUUCCUUCGUAGCCCUGAAUGACAUUUCAACUGCUUCACCUGGUCAUGAAAUGUCUUACAACACAGUGUAUGGACAUUCCAGUUCCCUAGUCCCAAGCACCACCACUUCCGACUCUCACGCUCGACAGGGUUAUGAUGCUAGGGGACGCAUGCUGGAUUGGAAGGAUCCACUUGGUUCGUCUGAAAAUACAGAUCCAUAUGUGGCAGUUUCAUCCCAUAAUCAUCAAGACAAGAAGGGAGUGAUUCGCGAGAGUUACCUGAAGGGUCAUGAUCAGCUGGUGCCAGUCACCCUGUUGGCUAUUGCUGUUAUUCUUGCUUUUGUCAUGGGGGCCGUCUUUUCGGGGAUCGUAGUAUACUGCAUCUGUGACCAUCGCCGCAGAGACAUGGCUAUCGUGCAGAGGAAGGAGAAGGAGCUGACCCAGACCCCCCCCCGCCGCGGCUCCAUGAGCAGUGUUACCAAGCUCAGUGGCCUCUUUGGGGAUGCUCAGUCCAAGGAGCCAAAGCCUGAAGCAAUCCUCACGCCUCUGAUGCACAAUGGCAAGCUGGCUACCCCGGGCAGCACUGCCAAGAUGCUAAUCAAAGCUGACCAGCACCAUCUGGACCUGGCUGCCCUGCCAACCCCUGAGUCCACCCCAACCCUGCAACAAAAGAGAAAGCCCAGCCGAGGCAGUAGGGAAUGGGAGAGGAACCAGAACCUCAUCAAUGCCUGCACAAAAGAAAUCCCCCCAAUGGCGUCACCAGUGAUCCCAACUGACCUGCCACUCAGAGCUUCUCCCAGCCACAUCCCCAACGUUGUGGUCCUGCCCAUAGCCCAGCAAGGUUACCAGCAUGAGUAUGUUGACCAGCCAAAAAUGAGCGAUGGGACUCAGAUGUCUGUGGAGGACCAGAAUGCCACCCUUGAGUACAAAACUAUUAAGGACCACCUCAGUAGCAAAAGCCCCAGCCACGGGGUUAACCUGGUGGAAAAUCUCGACAGCAUGCCACCAAAAGUACCCCAGCGGGAAGCUUCCCUUGGGCCCACAGGUGCCUCGCUGUCACAGACCGGCCUGAGCAAGCGGCUGGAGAUACACUCUUCUGCUUACAAUGUGGACUACAAGAGAAGCUACCCUACAAACUCGCUCACAAGAAGUCAUCAGGCAUCGACCCUCAAAAGAAACAACACUAACUCCUCCAACUCAUCCCAUCUCUCCCGCAAUCAGAGCUUCGGCCGGGGUGACAACCCACCACCGGCCCCACAGCGAGUGGACUCCAUACAAGUCCACGCUGCUCAGGCACAGGCUGUGACUGUAUCUCGGCAGCCGAGUCUCACCGCCUACAACUCACUGACGAGGUCAGGUUUGAAACGCACGCCCUCGCUAAAGCCAGAUGUACCUCCCAAACCUUCCUUUGCUCCACUUUCCACAUCCAUGAAGCCCAACGAC